AUGCCACCCCCUGCAGAGGUGACGGACCCGUCCCACGCCCCCGCUGUCCUGCAUCAGCUCAAUGAGCAGCGGCUCCGCGGCCUCUUCUGUGACGUCACCCUCAUCGCUGGAGACACCAAGUUCCCGGCUCACCGCAGCGUCCUGGCCGCCUCCAGCCCCUUCUUCAGAGAAGCCCUGCUUGCCUCGGCGCCGCUGCCGCUCCCGCCGCUCCCCGGAGGCGCAGCUCCCAGCCCCGCGACCGCCACAGCUGCCGCCUCCUCCUCCUCCUCCUCACCCCCGACUCCAGCCUCCCCUCACUCCUCGUCCCCUCCACGGGUCCUCGAGCUGCCCGGGGUCCCAGCGGCUGCCUUUUCCGACGUCCUCAACUUCAUCUAUAGUGCCCGGCUCGCGCUCCCGGACGGCGGAGGGGAUGGGGCGGCUGUGGCAGAAAUCGGAGCUCUGGGGCGGCGGCUGGGUAUCUCCCGCCUGCAGGGCCUGGGGGAAGGAGGUGAUACUUGGGUACCCCCUGUUCCACCGCCCCUGGCCACCUCACAUGCUGAAGAGGACGGUUUGGGGCCAGGGCUUAGACCAGACGGCGAGUGGGUGGGCGACAAGGCUGAGCCCCCGGCUCCCGACUCCCAGCCCUCCCUGUCCCGGCGGCCCUUCCCCUGCCCGCGAUGUGGCAAAAGCUUCAUCCACCCCAAGAGGCUGCAGACACACGAGGCCCAGUGUCGGCGGGGGUCCAACACCCGGGGCCCGGCAGGCCUGGGAGCCGGGAGCGCUGGCCCUGGGGGUCCUGCAGGAGUGGAUGCCUCGGCCCUGCCACCACCCGUGGGCUUCAGAGACGGCCCCGAGCAUGUGGUGAAGGUGGUGGGCGGCCAUGUGCUUUAUGUGUGUGCGGCCUGUGAGCGUUCCUACGUGACCCUGUCCAGCCUCAAGCGGCACAGCAAUGUCCACUCGUGGCGGAGGAAGUACCCCUGCCGCUACUGCGAGAAGGUGUUUGCCCUGGCCGAGUACCGCACCAAGCACGAGGUGUGGCACACGGGAGAGCGCAGGUACCAGUGCAUCUUCUGCUGGGAAACCUUUGUCACCUAUUAUAACCUGAAGACCCACCAGCGAGCCUUCCAUGGCAUUAGCCCCGGCCUCCUAGCCAGUGAGAAGACACCCAAUGGAGGCUACAAGCCCAAGCUUAAUACCCUCAAGCUGUACCGCCUGCUCCCCAUGCGGGCAGCCAAGCGGCCCUACAAGACCUACAGUCAGGGAGCCCCCGAGGGCCCUCCUCCUCCACGCCUCCACACACCGGCCCCUGCAGCAAUGCCAGCCACCCCCCCAGCCCUCCCCCCACCUGCCCCAGAGCCUGGUCCUCCUGCCUCCGUCAUUGCCUUUGCUCACCCCGCUCCCUCUGUCAUUGUCCACGGGAGCAGUGGCUGUGGUGGAGCCGGGGGUGGGCCAGCCGGCACGGGAGGGUCCCAAGCUGCCUCAGUCAUCACUUAUACGACUCCUCCAAGACCCCCCAAGAAACGCGAGUACCCACCUCCUCCCCCUGAGCCUGCAGCAACCCCCACCUGCCCAGCCACGGCUGCAGGGCCAGCCUCAGCCGCGGACGAGGCCAAGGGCCGGAAUCUGCGGGCUGGGAGGACUCUGACCUACACAGCCAAACCCGUGGGCGGGGUCAGUGGGAGUGGGGGUUCCCCCCCAGGGACAGGCCGAGGCUCCUCUCAGCUUCAGGCCCCACCUCCACUGUGUCAGAUCACUGUGCGGAUUGGGGAGGAAGCCAUUGUCAAGCGUCGCAUCUCAGAAACUGACCUGCGUCCUGGAGAGCUGAGUGGAGAAGAAGUAGAGGAGAGUGAGGAAGAGGAAGAGGAGGAGGAGGAGGACCAGGAGGAAUCAAAGGCUGGAGGGGAAGAUCAGCUCUGGAGGCCCUACUAUUCAUACAAGCCUAAGCGUAAGGCUGGAGCUGCUGCUAGCGGGGUCAGCGGGGUCAGCGGACCGCCCCGAGGACGGAGACCACCACGCUGGAGGCAGAAGCUGGAACGAAGAGCCUGGGAGGAGACCCCGCCGGUGGAGGGCCCAGGAGGACGAGGACGUGGUGAACGCAGGCACCGUUGUGGGGACUGUGCCCAGACCUUUGCCACUCUGAGGAAGCUGAGGAAGCACCAGGAAGCCCACAGCGAGGGCUCCCACAGCUCCAGGACUGGGAGGAGGUCUUCCACCCGAUUCGCCUGCCCCCAUUGUGCCAAGGUGUGCAAGACAGCAGCUGCCCUGAACCGACAUGGGCAGAGGCAUGCGGUGGAGCGGCCGGGGGGCACCCCUACCCCUGUCAUUGCCUAUUCCAAAGGCAGCAUCGGCGCCAGGGCCGGCGAUGUCAAGGAGGAGGCUCCCCAGGAGAUGCAGGUGUCCUCGUCAAGUGGGGAGGCGGGCGCUGCCAGCGCUGCUGCUGUUGCUGAAGCUCCUGGAACGGCCUCACUCCAGGACCCUGUCAUCUCUGGGGGUGAGGAGCCCCCAGGAGCAGGUGGGGGCAGCUACGUGUACCCACCUGUGCAGGAAUUCCCCCUGGCUCUGAUAGGAGGCAGCCGGGAGCCCGGCGGUGGCAGAGGAAAAUCUGGGAAUGAGGGCCCCAUGGGAGCUUCUGAGGGAGACCGGAUGGAGGGGAUGGGGACUGCCAAAGUCACCUUCUACCCUGAACCCUACCCGCUUGUCUAUGGCCCUCAGCUCCUUGCUGCCUACCCUUACAACUUCAGCAACUUGGCCGCUCUUCCAGUUGCUCUCAACAUGGUCCUACCUGAUGAGAAGGGUGGGGGGGCCCUCCCCUUCCUGCCAGGGGUCUUUGGCUACGCAGUGAACCCUCAAGCAGCACCCCCCACUCCACCAACCCCACCUCCCCCAACUCUUCCUCUGCCAGUUCCCCCCAAGGGAGUAGGGGGACCGGCAGGGGUUGAGAGAACCCAAAAGGGAGACGUGGGGUGAGCACUAAGGCCGGAUCCCCCUUUCGCCAGAUGCCACCCUCCCUGGGCCCCCACCACUAGCAGCUCCCUGGCCCCCCUGCCCCUUGGGAGCCCCAUCACACUCUAAUGCAGGGAUUCGGGGGGGCCCUGGAGCUCAGGAGUCAGGCUGCUUUGUGUGAUUGUAGUCUCCCCACCCCUGAGAAGGGAUUUCCGGUGGUUCCCCUCUCAGUCUUUCCAGGGAAUGGCCCCUGAGAGGGGAAGAGCCAGCUCCUGUCCCUUCCCCAGCCCUUGGGGCAACUGAGCAAUAUACUUACCUGAAUCUCUACUUACAGCCCUACCAGCUCUGAAUGUCUAACCUGCUCCCCUGAUUUGUAAACCUGGGGGAAACCAUCUCUCACCUACUGAUGCCUGCUCGUUCUGAAGCUUUCUCUAAGCCCUUCCCCAGAUGCUUCCUAGCACAUUCCAUUCUCUGUGGCCCAGGGCCCGGACCAGACCAUUGUGAUAUCUGACCCACCAGCCUGGAAGCAUGGCUUUGGAUUCCGUUCUUCCCAAGGGUGGGUUUCUCUGUCCUUGUUUCUUUCCUAUUACAAUGUCAUGCUUCCUUGGCUUCCAUGCCUUCGGAUCUUCCAUAUCCCUCCCUGUGCUCCUAGACUUUGGAGAUGGCCUAACCCAAUCCAGGUCAAAAGGAGGUGGGGAGGUGUUCUAUGGCUGAGCACUUUUUCAGUACAGGGCAGGGAAAUCGGGCCCUACCUUUACCCCCAAAUCCAGUGACUCCAGAUUCUUCCAAGACAAAAGAGGUGAAUAGAUCAUAUCUCUUCUGGCCUUUAUAUGUGGCUUCUUUGGGGCUGAACCAGAUUUGAGCACCAGGUGUGAAGCACUCCAUAUAGGAUGGAGAAGAGACUCUCCUUUCUCCCUGCCAAGCCCUCACUCUGGUUUCUUCUAGAUUAGACCAAAUAGCCAGAAAAACGAUGGGGGUUUGAUGUGUGGGUGAGCCCAAGAUUUGCACACAACCUUCCAUCCUCCCCUUAGCCCUGUCCCUCUGCUGUCACUGUCCUCACCAGUCACUCCAGAUGGUUCCGAGGGACCCAUCCUCCUCUCCUGGUGGGCUUUGGGGUAUCCCCGCCGACUUUGCCUCCAAAAUAGCACCUUAUACCCCUCUGACUCAGUUCCCCACACCCAAAGAUCCCAGCCUAGGGAUGGGGUGCAGGGAUUUUAAAUAGUCCCUAAUCCCUAAUUUGCACUAGUUAACCCUGGUCAGGGGUCCCUAUGUUUCCUUCCAGUGGGGAAGAUAAAUAUUUGUUCCUACUUCUUGUUGAAAAUGGGGCCUCCCUAAUGUGUGAUUAGGUGGAUAUUUCCCAUAUUACCCACCUCCCCUCCCCUCAAAACAAAAUAGCUCACAAGGGGAGAGCCAGUUUUGGGGAGCAAGUUUGAUGUGGGAAUUAGAGGAGUAUGACUUUUAAAAGGAGAAAGACUGUUUUAAUCAAAAUGACAGCCUUUCUCUCAGCUACUGUUUUCUGGGGCCAAGAUGGCUGCCCUCUGACCCACUGUGGAGAGGGCAAGAUCAUGGCCUUUGAGGGAGGUGAGUUUGGAAAGGCCAGGAGCAUCCUCCUGCCCCUCCCAACCUCCCUGGUACACAGGGAGGGGAGGAUUUGACAGGCUUCCUGAAUGUUAAUCACGGAGGGAGGGGUCACUCCAUCCCUCCUCUGUCUCUUUGCACUUUUCUUGGUCUUGGCCACAGCCUGAGUGAAGAAUUUCCUACUGAAUGUACCAAGUUCCAGUUUUUAAGGGGGAAAAAGUUUCAAACAGGGAAAAAAUGGGGAAAAAAAAAAAGAAAAAAGAAAAAAAAUCACUAAAAAUUCCCAUAAAUCUUGUUUCUGGCACUUUAGAAAAACUGCAAAAAGUACAUAAUAAAGAAUACAUAUAUAUAUCUACACACAAAUUAUAUAUAUAAAUAUAUCUAUAUAUACAGCGGAACCACAAGAGAGACUGAGGAAGGCCUGCAGGCAGGGGCAGGUGUGACGACAGCCCCUGGUCCUUCACCAGUGCUCCUCUGAGGACGUCAGGAGAGCAGAAAGGCUCAAGAUGGGCUGUGGAAUCGGAACUUCAGAAUAGGUCAAAAUGACAAAACCACAGACCUUUUGGAAGAACUAAGAUUGUAGGUGUUUUUAUUUUUAUUUUUUAAUAUGGGUAGAGUAAGGAGAAUAGCUUCCAGAAUUUGGCAACAAAGAUGUUGUAAAGCAGAAACUUAAAAAUAUGUAUUUGAGCUGGAAAGUUUCAAUAUCGUGAGUUUCAGGUAUUGGAAAUUUGGGGUUUUGCAAUUUUGUCAUUUGGAGAUGAUCAAGUCUUGUCGAUCUGUGCCCUCUUCCCCGUGUUCCCUGAGGAGGAGGGUGAUGGAGUGGGAAGGCCACUGGUUCUGUGCCAUAGCACGCAAGAUUUAGAAUUCUACAGACUCUAGCUCUAUCCGUAGUGAGGACCCAGAUUUAGAGAAACUGACCAAUAUUUAUCUCAGAUUUGUGUGUGUUUCCGAUUCUCCAGGACAAUAAACCAAGCAGACAAAUGAACCGUGUUCACAGUGGGGCGCCAGGUGCGAUUGUUUGUGUGGCUGCUGGGUCGGGGCAGGCACUGGCUUCCCUUGCUCCUAAGGGAUCCUGAGACCUGUAGCCCAGGCCCCCUCCCAGGACCGAUGUCCAGCAGCUGAGCUGAGAGAAGGCUAGCCGCUCUGGGUGCUCCAGUUCACUGAUCUGACCUCCAGGGAGAGACAUUAACUCAGGAGCUGGAACUGAACUCAGUCAGCUGAGUGCUUGCCUAGCACGCAGGAAACCCUGGGUUUGCUUCUCAGUCCAACGUGGUGGCACGCGCCUCCAAUACAAGCACUUGGGAGGUGCAGGCAAGAGGAUCAGAAGUUCAGGGUUAUCCUCAGCUACACAUGGAGUUCCAGGCUAACCUGGGCUUCACAAGGCCCCUUCUCUAAAAUGCAGUGCCCCCUCCUUUAGAAACAUCCUCAAUGAGUACAAGUGCUAGGUUCAAGAGUUCUGUGUCCCAGACUAACCUUUGCCUUAAACCAGGCCCAGCUCUUUUUCUAGUUUGAAGGUACACUGGGGCAGAAACUGCAUCAUGGCCCCGAGAGCUCUUCCUCACUCCUGCGUCCUCACUGGCUUCGUCUUGCCUGCUCUGUAUCCUCGUGUGUCAUACAGGGGUAGUUGGGAAGGUGAGCAAGGCUGGUCAGGUAGACGGGAGCUUUGGAGGAACUCCCGUGUGAACUCCCUGGCCAGAGUGGGCAGCCACUGAGAAGCCCUAGCAGGUUGCCGUCGACAGUCGCGGGUCUAGCGGCACUAGUUUUAUAAACGUUUUCAAGAGAAGCCUGAAAUCCAAAUGUCUGUGAAAUACACCAAUUUUAAAGGUA